AUGGACAAAGAAGCCCAGAAGAGGAAAGAACAGGAAUCAGACAUGGCUUUCUCAGGUAAGGUCAUAUUCCCAGCACAGCUGACCUUCAAGGACAUGUUCAUAGAUUUCACUUCCGAGGAGUGGGAAUGCCUGGACCCUGCCCAGAGGACCUUGUACAAGGACGUGAUGGUGGAGACUCUCAGGAACCUGCUGUCUGUGGAUAUGUCUCAUAUACAAAAGAUCAAGAAAUUACAGGCAAAAGCAAGCAGUGGCAAAGGGGAAAUUUUUCAAAGAGUGAUGUCUGGAAGAGCUGAAAGCCUUGACAUCAAAGAUUUUCGCCUCAGGGAGAUCCAGGAAAGUAGACAUGACUUUGAUUGUCUGUGGACAGAUGAUGAAAGAAAUGACAAAGGAAUGUCUACAUCCCAUUACAAAAACCUCACUGAUGGAAGAGAUCAUCAUAGGAGAAGUGAUGCAGGAAAUAGACCAUCUGAAAGGCACGGAUCAAGCUUUCAGGAUGAAUUACAGAUAGUACAAUCUGAAGGGAUAAUUUUUAAAUGUAGUCAAGUCAGCGCCUCAGGUUUACCACCUCAGAGAACUUGUAAUGUAUGCAAAGGCUUUUCUCAUAAACAUGAGGAUGCUGUUUUGCAUCCUUCAGAACUGUUACCAGACCAUGAGACACAAAAGAAAAGACCUUACAAAUGUACUCAGUGUGACAUAACCUUUCUUCAGGACUCAGAACUCACUGGACAUCAAAGAAUCCAUACAGGAGGAAAACCAUAUAAAUGCGAUAAAACUUGCAAUUCAUUGGAGAAUUCAUACUGGAGAGAAACCAAAUGUGAUAUAUGUGGCAAGGCUUUUAUUCAAAUUGGAAACCUUGCAGUUCAUCAGAGACUUCAUACUGGAAAGAAACCAUAUAAAUGUGAUGUAUGUGGCAAGACUUUCAGUCAAACUGCACACCUUGCAGUUCAUCAGAGAAGUCAUACUGGCGAGAAACCAUAUAAAUGUGAUGCAUGUGGCAAGGCCUUUAGUCAAACUUCAAGCCUUGCAGUUCAUCCGAGAAUUCAUACUGGCGAGAACCCAUAUACAUGUGAUAUAUGUAGUAAGGCCUUUAAUCAGACUGCAAAUCUUGGACUUCAUCGGAAAAUUCAUACUGAAGAGAAGCCGUAUAAAUGUGAUAUAUAUGGCAUGGCCUUUAUUCAAACUACAAGCCUUGCAGUUCAUUGGAGAAUUCAUACUGGAGAGAAGCCAUAUAAAUGUGAUGUGUGUGGCAAGGCGUUUACUCGUACUGGACAUCUUGCUGUUCAUCGGAGAGUUCAUACUGGAGAGAAACCAUAUAAUUGUGGUAUAUGCGCCAAGGCUUUCAGGGUACGUUCAAGCCUUGCUGUUCAUCAGGGAGUUCAUACUGGAGGGAAACCAUAUAAAUGUGAUGUAUGUGGCAAGGCCUUUAGUCAAACCUCAAACCUUGCAGUUCAUCAGAGAAUUCAUACUGGAGAGAAACCAUAUAAAUGUGAUGUAUGUGGCAAGGCUUUUAAUCAAACUACAAGACUUGCACUUCAUCAGAGAAUUCAUACUGGAGAGAAGCCAUACAAAUGCAAUAAAAUUCAUACAGGAAAGAAAUUGUUUAAAUGUGAUAUAUGUGACAAAGUCUUCAGCCGAAAUGCACACCUUGCUGGACAUCAGAGGGUUCAUACUGGAGAGAAACCUUACAAAUGUAAUGAGUGUGGCAAACACUUCAGUCAACCUUCACAGUUCAUAAGUCAUAAGAGAUUUCAUACUGGAGAGAAACCUUACAAAUGUGAUGAGUGUGGCAAGGCCUUUCGUGUAAAGUCAGUCCUUUUAAGUCAUCAGACCGUUCAUACUGGUGAGAAACCUUACAAAUGUGAUGAGUGUGGAAAAGUCUUUGGUCAAAAACCGCAUCUUCGCCUUCAUUGGAGAAUUCAUACUGGAGAGAGACCUUUCAAAUGUAAUGAGUGUGGCAAGUUCUUCAGUCGAAAUUCACACCUUACAAGUCAUCGGAGAAUACAUAUAGAGAAACCUUUCAAAUGUUUCAACUGUGGAAAAUCCUUUACUCAGGUCUCAGCACUCACUAAACAUCAGAAAAUCCAUACAUGA